AUGGUUUUAGAGGCGACGAUGGUUGUUGUGGACAACUCUGAGUUCACACGGAACGGAGAUUACCCUAUGAACCGCUAUGAGGCCCAGCUGGACGCGGUUGAGCUGCUGUUCCAGGCAAAGACGAACGCCAACAGGGAGAACACCGUUGGGGUGAUCUGCUAUGGAGGCGACGGGCCUCAUGUUAUCUCCACGCUCACAGCGGACUACGGCAGUAUCCUCAGUGGCAUCCACAGCACGAAGAUCCAGGGCAAGUUGCACUUUUCCACCGGGAUCCAGGUUGCCGCCUUGGCUCUGAAGCACCGCCAGAACAAGGUGCAACACCAGAGGAUCGUGGCGUUUGUGGGCAGUCCAAUUGAGGAGAGCGAGAAGGAGCUGGAGAAGCUUGCGAAGAAGAUGAAGAAGAACAACGUUGCUGUUGAUUUCAUCAAUUUCGGUGAGGAUGCGUUGAACACUGCGAAGCUUGAGAAGUUCAUCUCCACGGUGAACUCCCACGACAAUAGCCAUCUGCUCACUGUGCCUGAGGACGAUGGAAGAUUACUCUAUGAAGCUGUUGGGAGCUCGUCGAUUGUACGUGGUGAGGCCGAUAUGGCUGCUGGUGCUGCCAUGGGUGGCUCAGGGAACGAUUUCGACUUUGGAGGUGAUGCAGACAUGGAUCCAGACCUUGCCCUGGCCUUGCGUCUUUCUCUGGAAGAAGAGCAGGCGAGACAGGCCAGAGAACAACAACAGCAACAGCAGCAGCAACAGCAAAUGGAAACCAUAGAAGAGAAUAACGACAGCACUAAUGGAGGCAACAGUAAUAACGAUGACGGAGACACGCAUAUGGGUGACGCAAAGUAA